UAUCUCCGUGUUUUUAUACCCUUGGUAUUUCCGUCAUAAUUGAUAUAUAAUACUUUGCUAGUCAUGAUCAACACUUCAAGGAGAAAAUAAGUGCCCAACUUUUCAUCUUCUUUUCUCUUCAAGUUGUUUCUCAGCAACUAAACAAGGUUUAUCGACUGUCCAAUGCCAUAAAACUAGAUCUAGAGCCAUAUCAGUUCGGAUGCUAGAAAAACUAAAAAGCAUUGCGCCAAGUCUUAUAUAGUGUCAUCUAUUCAACGUAUUAUGUACGUUUUUUCAGCAAACGUAUCAUUUUGUAAAUGGGUACCAACUCAAAGUCAAAGCUUCCCAAUGCAUGCAAUGGAGAUAGGAUCAGUAGUUUACCAAAUGAAAUUCUUUGCCGCAUCCUUUCCCUCCUUCCAACAAAAGAAGCUGUAAAGACCAGUGUUUUAUCACCGAGAUGGAGGUUUGUGUGGGCUCCUAUUCCCACUCUAGACCUUUGUGAUAAGAGCUCGCAAAGAGCAUUGAAUUCAGUUGGCCCCAGUUUCGCUGAGUUUGUGGGUCGUCGCCUCUUCACUCAUAGAUUCCACCGAGAUCGUGGUUUUGCGGAGUUUGUGGAUCGUGCACUCGUCAUUCGUGGCUCAUCUGACAUUCAUACAUUCCGUCUCUCUUGUACUGGAGUGGAGAAUUAUCCUAGUGUUGAAGCUUGGAUUUGCACUGCCAUUAGGCUUAAGGUUGUUGAACUCGAACUUGUUCUUCAUUCUUUAAGCUACCCGUUUGAGUUGCCCGAUAACCUUCUCACGUGCAAGACAUUGGUGGUUUUGAAGCUUUGGCUGGAAUCGAAUGUUACCUUUACUCCUACUUCAGGUUGUUUCCCAAAUCUGAAGUUCUUCCAUGCCAGAAUCCGCAAUCCUGAUGCUGACUCAAUGGAGACGCUCUUUUAUUCUUGCCCUGCACUCGAAGAUUUAAUCAUAGAUGGACUUGUUGCAGUUCGUAAAGUUUUGAACUUUAAUAUCUCUGCACCUAAACUGAAAAGACUCAAAAUAUAUUUGGUCAAAGACGAACCGUGGGAAGAAACUGGGUCCAAUAUUUCUUUCGAAGUCAAUGCUCCAAAUCUUGAAACUUUUGAUCUCGAGGAAGACUUUUUUGCAAACUAUUACCUCAAUGCAAAUCUACCGAGCAAAGUAAACAUUAAUCUCGAAUAUGUGCACAAGUCUGGGCACGAUGACUAUGAACUUGGUUGGGAUUACCGUCUGCAGAAGCUUUUUGCCGGAAUUAUCAAUGUGAAAUUUCUGUCACUUUCAGCUCCAAUUUUUGGGGAUCCUGGCUGUUACACUGAAGAUAAUUUCCCUUUCCCUAAACUGAAUCGUUUGAACCACUUGGAGUUACUUCUUGACACUUGCUGCAACUGGAAAGCUCUCAUAGAUCUGCUCAAUAUGUCGCCCCAUCUGGAAUAUCUUGAUUUCACAACUAACAAGAAAUGUAAGGCGGAUCAUCCCUUGGAGGACUCGGUACGUGAAUGGGUUUCACCUGAGUUUGUGCCUGUUUGCUUGUCGUCAUACUUGAAGACUAUAUCCAUACAGGGAAUCGAGGGGCGGCAUGAUGAGAUGGAAGUGACAAAGUACUUGUUGAAGCACGGUGAAGUCCUGGAUAAGGUGACAUUUUAUACGAGUGCCGUUCGUGCAGAUCACAAGAUGAAGCUAUGUCAAGAUAUUUCAAUGUUCUCAAAGGGUUCGAUGACUUGUCAAAUUGAUUUCCUGGAGAAAUGACAUCUAGGUUUUUAUAUGAUUCCAUUUUCGAGGAAUGGGUCCUUUGCCUUUCUUUGUUGUAAACCAUGAAUUUAUCUGCACCUGUUUUCAACUUUCUUUAUGUUUUCUGUUUAGCAUCGUUAAUUUUGGAGGACUAAUAUUUUGGGAACAUAUUUGCCGUUAACUUAGGAGACAAUAUCUAUUUUCGUCAUGCACUUAUGCGAUGUUUCGCCA